AUGGCUGAAAAACUACUAUCCGUUAGAAACUUCGUGAUGCAAUGCAUUAGAUUUUACAAAGCUGUGGAUGGGUACGGUCACGAGGAAAGAGCCAAACGAUAUACCAUUAUUAAUAACAAAGUUUAUUUAGGAGAAAAUAUAACUGUUGACAGUCUGCGAUGGGAGCUUAUGCAAAUUGAAAAACCAGCUUUUUUUUUGAUCGACGUAGCUAUGCGAUUAUGGACCCCUGCUAAACUUGCAAACAGAGCUCUGGAUAUGACUAAGCCUAUUGAGAAUAUACCCAGUAGAUCACCAGUAAAACAGAUAGAAAGUAACAAACUUCGACUUCUUAUCAAAUACGAUCUAUGA